CCAUGUUUUUCUCCAUUAAAAGAAGUCAAACGGACCGAACCGGAGUUUGUUCACAACAUUAUCCGAACUGACAUCGGAGUAACGGACCCGAUCAGAUAUCAAAGUUGAUCUGCGAUUAAUAAAUAUUGUUAAAAAUCAUCAUUUUCAUCAGCAACUGAAUUUGGAUCAAAUCGGAUCAGAAUCUACAAACAUGACGAAUAAUGCAAUUCUUGCCGCAUGGUUGUCGCAGCAACAUAUCAGUGUGAGGAUGAGCGCUUGUGGGGGAAUCCUCUGACGGAGGAUGGGGUCAAUCACUCAAGGCUCCGCCUCCACUACUGCGCUAAGAGAUCCCCAAGUCCCACCCCCUCCUAUCUCCUGCACUGAUAAGACUCUACUGGCACUCGUCCCUGUAUCUCUCUCUCUCUCAGUCCGGUGUGCAGACAGACAGUUGACACAGCAUGUCGGACCCCAGCGCAGAUCCAGCGCAGAGCAAAACCAAACUAAAACCACGCAAGAGAGGCAGUUUACAGAGCCGGACCAGCCCGGAUCUGUGCAGUUCAUCUGAUCAGAGGCCGUUGCUCUCUCAGCGCUCUCUGCCCGUCACGCCCGUCACUCACAAACAUCUGCCGAUAGACCUGCGCACGUCGAUGGACGGGAAAUACAAGGAGAUCGCCGAGGAGUUGUUGGCGAGGAGUCUGACAGAUAGUGACAUGCGUUGCGCUCCGUACGAAUUUCCUGAAGAGAGUCCCAUAGAACAACUCGAGGAGAAACGACACAGACUGGAACGCCAGAUCAGCCAAGAUGUGAAGCUUGAGCCCGAUAUUCUGCUGCGAGCAAAACAAGACUUCAUGAAAAUAGACAGCGCUCCCGACCUCGAGUGUCUGAAGGACAGUCGUGAGGAUGCUGUCGAUCAUUUAGAGAGAGAGACAGGGGUGGAGAGAGGCUUCCAGCAUGUGUCUAUCUCAGGAGAGGAGAAGUGUGGGGUUCCCUUCACUGACCUGGUGGACGCUGCGAAGUGUGUAGUGAAAGCUUUGUUUAUCAGAGAGAAAUACAUCACUCUGUCACUGCAGACGUUCUGUAAGACCACCGCACGCUCUCUACUGGAGCUCGACCACAUACCGCUGGACCUCAACGUCUAUGAAGACCUUCACGAGAGUCCCGUCGACUCAGAUGCCCCCGUUCACCCCCCGGUGUCUAAAACGCACCCGUAUGAGCCUCAGAAUCUCAAGAACCUGCCGUGUGACACGGGCUACAGCUGCAAGAUGGUGGAUGGAGUUUUUCACGUCUACACAAAACAAAACCCCAUGGAUAAGAACACAGAAGUGGACCUUCCGUAUCCAAAUCUACAGCAAUACAUCGCUGACAUGAACGUCAUGAUGGCACUCAUCAUCAAUGGCCCUGUGAAAUCGUUCUGCUACCGUCGGCUGCAGUAUUUGAGCUCAAAGUUUCAGAUGCAUGUUCUUCUAAAUGAGUUAAAGGAACUCGCAGAGCAGAAGAAAGUACCGCACAGAGAUUUCUACAACAUACGCAAGGUGGACACUCACAUUCACGCGUCAUCCUGCAUGAAUCAGAAGCAUCUGCUGCGUUUCAUCAAGAGUGCGAUGAAGAAAUUCCCUGAUGAGAUCGUUCACAUGGAGGGCGGGCGGGGCCAGACGCUGAUGGAGGUGUUUGAGAGCAUGAAUCUGACGGCGUACGACCUCAGCGUCGACACGCUCGACAUGCACGCGGACAGAAACACGUUCCACCGCUUUGACAAAUUCAACUCCAAAUACAACCCCAUUGGAGAAUCUAUACUGAGAGAAAUCUUCAUCAAGACGGACAAUCACAUCCACGGCAAAUACUUCGGUCAUAUCAUCAAGGAAGUGAUGUCAGACCUGGAGGAGAGUAAAUAUCAGAACGCAGAGUUGCGCCUGUCCGUGUACGGCCGCUCAAUGGACGAGUGGGACAAACUCGCAGAGUGGGCCGUUUGUCACUCCGUUUAUUCUGAUAAUGUGCGCUGGCUUGUCCAGAUACCGCGACUCUUUGAUGUUUACCGCACAAAGAAACAACUGACGAACUUCCAGCAGAUGUUGGAGAACAUCUUCCUCCCUCUGUUUGAGGUGACCAUCAACCCCAGCAGCCACCCACAACUACACCUGUUCCUGCAACACCUGUUGGGUUUCGACAGUGUGGAUGACGAGUCUAAACCGGAGCAACACAUCUUUAAUCUGGACAGUCCGUCACCUGCGCGCUGGUGCGACGACGAUAAUCCGCCGUACUCGUACUAUCUGUACUACAUGUACGCUAACAUGACCGUACUCAACCAUCUGCGCAGGAGGCGGGGCUUUAACACCUUUGUGUUGCGACCUCAUUGCGGGGAGGCGGGGCCUGUUCAUCACCUGGUCUCUGGAUUCAUGCUGUCAGAAAACAUCUCACACGGACUGCUGCUCAGGAAGGCUCCGGUCCUGCAGUAUCUGUAUUAUCUGGCACAGGUGGGCAUCGCCAUGUCUCCUCUCAGUAAUAACAGUCUGUUCUUGAGUUAUCACCGGAACCCGUUACCGGAGUAUCUGUCACGCGGCCUGAUGGUGUCGCUGUCCACCGACGACCCGCUACAGUUCCACUUCACUAAGGAGCCUCUGAUGGAGGAGUACAGUAUCGCUGCUCAGGUCUGGAAACUGAGUUCAUGUGACAUGUGUGAACUGGCCAGAAACAGUGUGUUAAUGAGCGGAUUCUCACACAGGACGAAGAGUUAUUGGUUGGGUCCAGACUACAAUAACGACGGGCCCGUCAGUAACGACAUCCGCCGCACAAACGUUCCCGACAUCCGCGUGGCGUACCGCCACGAGACUCUGUGCGAGGAGCUUCACCUGAUCACACAAGCCGUCAGGACGCAAGAACUGGACCUCAUCGAGGAGGAAGACAUGCUGUCGUUCACGCAUGGCCAAUCAGCACGUUAAUAAAGCCAUAAACCUCCAAUCGGCACGCUAGAUAAUCCCAAAACCCCGCCCACCAUCAGGACCAAGUGAACAUGCUCGUCUCUGCCUGCGUCACUUCGCAAUAUCUCGAGCGCAUGUUUAGAGAAAUAUUUAAGCUAUCGAUAGAAGAUAAUGUGUGUGUGUGUUAGUAUGAGGGGCUAUUUCACGUUAUACCUCAUUUAUAAGCCCCGUUAUAACAUCACCGCACACUCGUGUGCCUUUCACUUUGUUUUUAUCUACUUUUAUUUUGAAUAUUAUUCUCUGUGAAUGUGUCUCGCACUUAUUUUACGCUUGCCGUCUCUUAGUCAUUGUGAUUUUAAAGUAACGCUUCUCUGAUGUCUGAACUGUUUAAUGAAUGUUCAGACUGUCCUGCAGGUGGCGCUGUUGAGCAAUAACUAACCGUAAACCUCCUCUAACCAUAUGUAACAUAAACGCAAGAGUAUACUUGGAAAGUCUUAAAGCUCCGGUGUGUAAAACUGAAGGUUACAAGAAACGUCGUUCCGUUGAACGCUACAUAGACGUAGCGGCACGCAUUAAAGCGAAGUAUACUUUGGCCUGAACGUAUGAAGGUUUUUAGGAAGUUUACGGAUAUAGAUGAAGGAGGUUUAAUGUUAGUAAUUUCCGAUACAUUCGUUUAACAUGCUUCAUUUAAUUUACGUUUGUUGCAUCAGCCGCAGUUUCAGCGCAUCGUUAAACUGGCGGUUAAUAUCUACAAAGCAUCACUGCAAAUAUCGCCACAAUGAUUCACAAUAGUUUCAUUAUAAACUCGCACAAAAGUGAACGCAAGAUCGUUGUUCACAUUGAGAAAACAAAUGCAUGAUUAACGUAGCACGACCAAAAACGACUUCUUAUCCAACAUAGAUAAUGCAAACGAUCAACUAUUUUCUGUUAUUACAAAUAUAUAGUUUUAUGUGAAUGAUUGAGAUGCCGCUAGUAUUCUGUCCCAGCGGUAUUGAUCAGAUGAGAGUAUUUUGUUGAUUUUAAUAAAGCAUGUAUUCAGUUGCUCAUGCGUGUUUGUGCAUUUCUAUAAAACACAAAUAAUAGU